UCUUGGAUACAGCCCUUGAAUAACUCAAUUGUAUUACUCUCUUGCUUAUGUCAGCUAUUUAUUUGACCUUUACUUCUGCUUCUUUUAGUUCUCAGGGUUUUAAAAAAGAAAAAAGUUUGCGGGUAUUAUUGCACAACACGGGCUAAACGUUGGUUGACACGACAAGGUCAAAAUGCUUCACAUUCUUGCCUCGCAUACCUCUCUUAGAGCGUGUUGACCUGAUCCAACACAGGUGGAGCUAAUAACAUCUUUAAUUGCUGGGAUGGAGUCAUCGUUAAGGCUAUAAGCUCCACCUGUGCUUCUCCUGCUUUGCCGUUAAAUAGGUGUAAAAACAGGACUAGAUAUUAUCUGAGCUGUAUAGCUUACAGUGGACAAUAUGCCGUAUUCUUAAAGCAGUGGUCAGCGACCUGAGGCGACCCUCUUGGGUCCGUGAUGCCUAUCCCUCCGAACGGUGGGCCCUCUGGCUCCAUGUACAUUUUUCCAUCUGUGCCCGGCCAUGUCAAAGCCCGGCCACCAGACCCUUACCGGCGGGCUCCCCUCCCAGGUCUGGCUCCAGAAGAAGGCCCCCGGUUUCCCUACAACUCCAUUUUGGCCGAUUCAUAAAGGGACAUUGACAGCUAAUGGUCUGGCCCCCUUCCCUGCGACCACUUUGCCUUGGGAGACCCUACCAGUAGCUAUCACGUCCAACAACACAGCUCCCAUUUCAUUAUUAAAUCAAAGCUCUUACACAUGUAGCACAUUUCUUUUAUGAUUUUAGUAAAUGCUCAAGGGUUGUCCGGUGGCUCAUCGGUAUUUGAUUGGAUCCCUCGGAGAGCUUUUAAUAGAUAAAAACAAUUGAAGAAAAGGAAAAAAAGAUGAUCAAUAAUUAAUUUAACCCUCAUUACAAAACGGAAUCGUUGGUUUUACUUCCCCAUAUGUCACUCACUGCUGUCAGCCAGUCCAAGCUAACAGUUCAGGAUUGCAGGUUGACUUUAAACCUGUGGCAUCACGCACCACACAGUUCAACAGUGAAAGGACAACAGAUGGAAGUAAGGACUGUUGUUGUGUCUCGUAUCGUCGUCCAAAAAAUCAAAUUCCCCUGAAACUACCGGCCUCUGUGUCAGAUCCACUUGUUGCAAAAAAAUGUUGGGGGUUAUGUAAACUACAAUGGAGCCAGGGCUCCUCAAGGGAAUUCCCAUGCACAGUAACAUUGGCCACAAAACAAGAACAGAGGGGAUGGAAACCUUCAGUCAUUCCAGCUGUAAUGAAAAGCCUCUGUCAGCGUCUAUUUAAAAAACAUUUGCAUUUAGUCCAUCUGUGGACUUUGUGAGAAUCCUGAAUUAAUCCUGAAUUAAUCCUGAAUUAAUCUAACACACUCUGAUUGCCUUCGGCUGUUCAACAGAGCCAACAGAGAGGCAUCCAAAGGGUUGAGUAUAUGAAAGUAGAACAAAAAAUGAAAACAGAUUUGUGUUUGAUCUCGUUUGGCUCCAGCGCAACACUGCCAUGUCCCCACGAGACGGGAGAAACCACUUUUUGAGGGGAAGAGAUUUGAAUCGAUCCUAUUUAAUGGCAAUUAUUCAAUAUAAAAAAGUAUUGGAUUUCUUUUCCCACCUAGUAUUAUCAAUAUAUCUGUAAAACUCUACAAUAAAAUACAUUACAUGUGCUGAAUGUACUCAUGCCUCCUCCUCUGUAGCUACACAAAACACCACUGGGGGCAGCAAUGGUGCAGGCGGAGUUUCUCCUUGUUGUCUCCAAACACAUGUUUCUGAUAACAUCUACUUUGACUUUAGUCCCCACCACCACGUUUACAUACACGCCUCCUCUCUCUCUCUCUCUCUCUCUCUCUCUCUCUCUCUCUCUGUCUCACACUCUCUCGCUUCCUGUAGAUUGGCAAAUGUGCGUGUUUGGUUGAUGUUUCUUUGAGUCAGAAACAGAAUUGGGGGCAGGAAGUCUUUCUCUUGGAAGUGGGAGGAGACAAAGGGAGAUGCACAGGUGGGGCCCGGAUUGGAAAGAGGCAGUGGUUUCAGGAUAAACACAGGGGGAAGUUAGAGGUGAGGAGGAGCGCUGCUAUUCACUGGAACAGGUUGGACUGGUUUCCACCUCCACAAUCCCCGUGUUUUUUUCCCCCGUUCUGGCUCAUUCAUACUGGCAGAGAGCGAGGAAGAAGUGAAGCAGACAACGUGAAAGGGCUCUCUGUACAUUUCCAACAUUUGAGAGGACUUUCAACAUGCCCGGGGAAGGAGAAGGAGAAUUCUAUGGAAAAAAUGGCGAGCCGAAGAAGUAUGACCCGAACUUCAAGGGCCCGAUCCAGAACAGGGGCUGCACGGACAUCGUGUGCUGCAUCCUCUUCAUUAUUGCCAUACUGGGUUAUAUUGCAGUGGGAAUACUGGCCUGGUCCCAGGGCGACCCCAGGAAGGUGAUCUAUCCCACGGACAGCCAAGGCCAGUUCUGUGGGCAGGCUGGCACCCCACUGGCCAACAAGCCACUGCUGUUCUACUUCAACAUCAUGAAGUGUGCCAGCCCCAUGGUGCUGCUGGAGUUCCAGUGUCCCACCACGCAGAUGUGUGUGGAGAAGUGCCCCGAAACGUUCAUGACGUUGGUAAAAGCCUACUCCAACAAAAAGGACUUUGACCACUACAAGACAUUCUGCAAGGAAGGCGUGUCUGACACAAUGGGAAUACCGAAAAUCCUCAGUUUAGGCCUCUGUCCUGCCAUGCUGAUCCCCAGCAAACCAUUCACUCGCAGGUGUUUCCCAGCUCUGGGCAAGACAGGAGGGGUGGUAACAGUGGGAAACAACUCUCACUUCGACGACGGAAGAGGAAACAUGAGAGACGCCAAGGAUCUUGUGGACGGAGUCAAGAACGCCACCGUGGUUAUUGAGGCUCGCCAGGCUGUCAUGAAAAUCUUUGAGGAUUACACACAGUCCUGGUACUGGAUCCUGAUAGGCUUGGUCAUCGCGAUGCUCACCAGCCUGCUCUUUAUCGUCCUGCUGCGCUUCCUGGCCGGGAUCAUGGUCUGGGUCAUGGUCGUCAUGGUGAUACUGGUCAUAGGAUACGGUAUCUUCCACUGCUACAUGGAGUACGCCGCCCUGAAGGGGGAGGCGGGCGCCAAUGUGACUUUCCAGGAACUGGGCUUCCAGACCGACUUCACCAUCUACCUGCAGAUCAGACAGACCUGGCUGGCCUUCAUGAUCAUCCUGGCCAUCGUGGAGGUCAUCAUCAUCCUCCUGCUCAUCUUCCUCAGGAAGAGGAUCCUCAUUGCCAUUGCGCUCAUCAAAGAAGCCAGCAGAGCCAUCGGUCAUGUGAUGAGUUCCCUUUUCUACCCUCUGUUCACGUUCCUCCUCCUGGCCAUGGUCAUCGCCUACUGGGCCGUUACUGCUGUCUUCUUGUCUACCUCUAACGAACCCAUCUACAAAGUCUUUAAUGAGACGGAAUGCGACCACUCUAGAAAAACCUGUGAACCAGCGAACUACUCGACCAGUGCCGAGAAAGUGCAGUGCCCCGACUCCGAGUGCCUUUUUGCCUUCUACGGCGGAGAGACCGCCUACCACAAAUACCUGAUCGGCCUGCAGUUCUACAACGUCUUCCUCUUCUUCUGGUGCGCCAACUUUGUCACGGCUCUGGGACAGAUGACCCUGGCCGGGGCCUUUGCCUCGUACUACUGGGCCGUCGUCAAGCCGGACGAUAUGCCCGCCUUCCCAGUCUUUUCUUCCCUGGGGAGAUCUCUCAGGUAUCAUACGGGAACUCUGGCGUUCGGAUCCCUCAUCCUGUCAAUCAUUCAGAUCAUCAGGGUUUUUCUGGAGUAUCUGGACCACAAGCUGAAAGGAGCCCAGAAUAAGUUUACCAAGUUCCUGCUGUGCUGCAUGAAAUGCUGCUUCUGGUGUCUGGAGAAAUGCAUCAAGUUCAUAAACAGGAAUGCGUACAUCAUGGUGGCGAUCUACGGCAAAAACUUCUGCUCCUCUGCCAAAGACGCCUUUCUCCUCCUCAUGAGGAACAUGAUCAGGGUGGCCAUCUUGGACAAAGUAACAGAUUUCCUCUUGUUCUUGGGCAAACUGCUCAUUGUCGGGCUCGUGGGGAUCUUUGCCUUCUUCUUCUUCUCUGGGAGAGUGAAGGCCUUCGAGAAUACAGCCCCCAAUCUCCACUACUACUGGGUACCCAUCCUGACCGUGGCGGUUGGCUCCUACCUCAUCGCCCACGGGUUCUUCAGCGUGUACGCCAUGUGUGUGGACACCCUCUUCCUCUGUUUCUGUGAAGACCUGGAGCGCAACGACGGUUCAGCCGCGAGGCCUUAUUACAUGUCCUCAACCCUUCGCGAGAUUCUGUGGAAGACUGCGCCCGAGGAUCCGUCUGCCCGGCAACAGGACGACGGAGAUGUCCUGUUGAAGCAACCGCAAUCUCAAGAGGAGGAGGCGGCUUAGAGAAGAGGGGUUUUGUGGGAAGAGAUUUAAGGGGCAUAAUAAACCCCUGAAGCUGUUUUUUA